AUGAUGCCUGGCCUCAAGACCAUCAUCGCCCUCUCCUUUGUUCUCGCUAUCGGCUUCCUGCUUGUCAUUCUCUCCGCAGCGCUAUGGCACAACUACCUACCGCUCCUCGUGGUUGCGACAUACGUCAUUGCGCCAAUACCGAACUGGAUAUGUAGCCGGUGUGCAAGCUCAGAUGACUUUAUGGAAAGCUCCAGCAGUGGGGUGGUGGACUUUGGGCGAUGGUUCACUGGCUUCUUGGUGGUGAUGGGAAUCGCCCUCCCAGCGGUAUUAGCCCAUAGCGGCGCAAUCCAGGUUCCAGCAAUGAUCAUGUCAAUCUUGGGCGGCUUGUUAAUAUACGGAACCAUCAUCAGCUUUUCGAUGUUCUUCCAAGAAACAGAAGAGUUUUAG